GGCAAUGACACACCUGGAGGAGUGUGUGUAUGUGUGUGUCCCCUCCUCCUCCCUCCUGUAACCACUACAGGCCCCGUGGUGGGGUAAUAAUAAGCCUCCUCCUCCCGACCGUCUCUCCCCGGUCUCUGUCUCCUCCUCCCUCCCUGCGCACCGGACCAGGCCGAGCUCUGCUGCUGCGUCUCCCGUCCCUGCUGCCCGAAAAGAUGAUACAAAGCCGGAUCGCGCUACUGCUAUGGCUGCUGGCGGUCAAUGUGUCCGGGGAGCUGGGGGACCAUGAGGAGGAGGAGGAUCCGCACAGCAAGCACCUCUACUCCGCCGAGAUGUUCACCCAUGCAGUCAAGCAGUCACCGCACUUCAUUAUGUUCUUCGCUCCCUGGUGUGGCCACUGUCAGCGUCUACAGCCAACCUGGAAUGAGUUGGGUGAUAAGUUUAACAAUAUGGAUAAGACUCCAGUUUAUGUUGCUAAGGUGGAUUGCACAGUGGAUAACACCAUAUGUUCAGAAAAUGGAGUCCGAGGGUACCCCACACUAAAGCUGUUUAAACCGGGCCAAGAAGCUGUGAAGUACCAGGGCGCAAGGGACUUUCAGACUCUGGAAAACUGGAUGCUGCAGACUGUGAAUGAGGAACCAGAAAAACCAGAAGUCGAACAAGAACCUCCGAAAAUUUUGGAAGCUAAACAGGGCCUGUACGAGCUUACCUCAGGAACCUUCAGGGAUCAUAUAGCCGAAGGAAACCAUUUCAUCAAAUUCUUUGCCCCUUGGUGCGGUCAUUGCAAAUCCUUGGCCCCUGCAUGGGAACAACUGGCAGCCUCAUUUCAUGACUCUGAAACAGUCAAGAUUGCCAAGGUUGAUUGCACUCAGCAUAAUGAGCUCUGCUCGGACAAUCAAGUACGCGGCUAUCCAACAUUACUGUGGUUUAAAAAUGGCGAAAAAGUGGACCAAUACAAGGGGAAGCGGGAUUUAGAUUCCAUGAAAGAGUAUGCUGAAAGCCUGCUGAAAACUGCAGAGGAAAAGGAAGAGGAAGAGGAUGUCCAAGUACCAACUGAAGAUCCGGUAGAAAUAGAAUCCAAGGUCCUGUCUCUUACUGAAAGUAACUUUGACCAGACUAUUGCCACAGGUGUCAGCUUUAUAAAGUUCUAUGCUCCAUGGUGUGGACACUGUAAGCACCUUGCUCCUACGUGGGAGGAUCUCUCGAAAAAGGAAUUUGCUGGUUUGAGCGAUGUUAAAAUUGGAAAGGUUGACUGCACUGCGGAGAGAUCCCUCUGUAACAGAUUUUCGGUACGCGGAUAUCCCUCAUUGCUACUCUUUCGUGCUGGGGAAAAAGUUGGUGAGCAUGAAGGAGCCAGAGAUCUGGAGACGUUACAGAACUUUGUCUUGCGUCACUCCAGAGAUGAACUAUAAAACUUUCCUGAACCCUAUGGGUUUAUGCCGUCUGUAUGGGCCAAACAGUUACUGAAUUUUCUUCCUGCAGUACUACAGAGCAUCUUUAUUUGAUGGUUUGUCUUCUCAGUAUUCCGUAAGACACGUCUAACCAUGGAAAAGGAGAGGGCACUACACGUUGUCCUUCAGAAGGGCCACAGAAACCUAUACAAAGACAUCUCAGGAUGUAGGUUUAUUAUGCCACUAUAUGGACAAUACCUCUUUAAAGAGAAUAGAUUUAACAAUCAGUCUCUUAAGCUUACUUCUGAUCACCUUUUUACAAUUAUAAAAAUGUUCCUUACUGAAAAAUUAGAUGUGAAGUGCCUUACUUGCUGGGUGGGUAAGGGAUGAUGGGUUAAACCAAAUUAAACAAAUAAAACAAGUUUUCAUUGUUCUGUGCGGUAUGUUGAUUCAGAUUAUGGUGUGUGCAGCGUAUAUUAAUGGUUUGUUAGAAAAUGUUAUACCUUGUACCUAAUGGGAAAAUGUCAUUUUUGAUCCUCUUUGUCUAAAUGUACUGUAAGCCUAACCUAAUUGUUUUUAGGCUCUAGGCUAGGCUGCUUCAAUAAACGCAGCUUUAACAGACAAA